UGUUUCGAUAAAGGCUCAAUGUACGAUGGUCAUUCGUACAGUCGAAUCGUGCAAGUCCUACCGAAAGCUCGCGAAGACUAAAUAAAAACAAAGUACAAACAUUAAUUGUUUUUUUAAUUUGUGAUUUUCUGUUUUUGUAUAGUCUUCGCGCACUUUUUUUCUGCGACUCAAUAUUAUGACAAUAUUAUUGUGAUCGCACAAUUAGUAAACGAAACUCAAUUAUUUCUUUACCAUUAUUACAUUUUUACUCCUUUAAACCCUCGGAAAGUAUGCAAAUUUACUUAUUGGUCUUGUGCUUGGCACAAGUUUACUAUAUAGAAGCCAGAGCUCAAGACUUUGUUUACUUAACAAGAGGAUUUUUUCAUGUUCGCAAUGGACUACAACCGUCAUGUCAAAGUCAAAUCUACUGUGAAAGCGAACUCAUGCACGACGUACAAAUGUCCGGAAUAUAUCCGGAUUCGAAGACGUUCGUUGAUAAAAAACUAAAAUACACUGAAUCAGAAAUCUUGGAAAAGUACUACAAGUUAAAGCAGUACAACAACAACCAAGUACCUUCUAAUGCAGAACUAAGUAAAUUCGUCGAUGAAAACUUUGUAGAUGGCGAUGAAUUAGAAGAAUGGGUUCCCAGUGACUUCACCGAGAACCCAUCUAUUGGCAACAGGAUUCGUGAUCAGGAUUAUAAACAAUGGGCAUAUUCUUUAAACCAUGUGUGGAAGACCCUGGCAAGAAAAGUAAAAGACGACGUCAAAUCCCACCCGGAUAAGUAUUCGUUGAUUUGGGUGCCCAAUGGUUUCGUUAUACCAGGUGGUAGGUUUAGGGAACUUUAUUAUUGGGACACAUAUUGGAUCGUCAGAGGACUUCUACUGUGUGAUAUGAGGAAGACUGCUCAAGGAGUAAUCGACAAUAUCAUAUCAAUGGUAAACAGGUUUGGCUUCAUGCCCAAUGGUUCCAGAGUUUAUUACCUGAAUAGAACUCAACCGCCAAUGCUCAUUUUGAUGGUACUAGCCUACUACCAAGCAACAAAUGACUUUGAUUAUGUUAAAUCCGUUUUGCCUGACUUGGAAAGUGAAUUAUAUUUCUGGUUGGAAAAUCGAAUGUAUACUUUUAAAAAAGACGGUAAGACCUAUAAUAUGGCUCGGUAUUAUGCUCCAUCUAGAGGACCGCGACCAGAAUCUUACAGAGAGGAUUAUGAAAUAGCUGAAAAAUUUAACACGGAAGAGGAGAAAGACGAAUUCUACAUUAAUAUUAAAUCAGGCGCAGAAACUGGUUGGGACUUUUCGAGUAGAUGGUUUAUCACAGCCAACGGCAGUGACCGCGGUGAUUUGUUCGAUAUCCACACGCCAGAAAUUAUCCCAGUCGAUUUAAACAGCAUUUUGCACGUCAACGCAUUGACUUUGAGCACAUGGUUUAGUCAGAUUGGCGAUAUCAAGAGAGGAGAGAAAUAUGCAACGAUCGCAGGAGAAUUCCUUAAAGGCAUUCAAGAAGUAUUGUGGAGGAACGACUUAGGCGCAUGGUUCGAUUGGGACACGAUGAACAACAAAAGCCGGGAGUAUUUCUACGUGUCUAACAUCGUGCCCCUGUGGACGGGCAGCUACGAUAUGCCUAAGAAAUCAGUGGCUAGCAAAGUUUUGGGAUAUCUUAAAGAUCAACACGUUAUCGAGCCCGACUACAGCAUUAAAUACAACGGUACACCCACGUCAAUGUACCCGUCGUCACAACAGUGGGACUUCCCAAAUGCUUGGCCUCCAUUACAAGCCUUCAUCAUUCAAGGAUUGGACCGGACGCAACAGAAAUUAGCGCAACAAGAAGCUUUCAAAUUAGCAGAGGUUUGGCUGCACAGCAAUUACAAAGGAUUUGCCGAGAAAUCGAUGAUGUUCGAAAAGUACGACGUAUUAGCCUCAGGAGAGACCGGUGGUGGCGGCGAAUACACACCACAAACAGGAUUCGGUUGGACAAACGGUGUAGUGCUGGAGUUUUUGGAUAGAUGGGGCGAUUUGGCAUCAUACAAUUCAAACGGAGACCAGAAUACAACAUGCAAAUCAUAUCUUUGCAAUUUCAAUAACAUCAAAGACAAAUUAUCGUUUUGGGUAAAUAGCAUAGAAUUAAGAAGAGACGGCUGAUCGCGUUUUCACCGAGAGUGGACGUUGAGAAAAUCUGUGAAAUAAUUUUACCUUUUACACUGAUAAAUCCGAAAAAUAUAAUAAAUCAGUAUUAAGUACCUACAUUAUAGUCUUUGAUAUCUAAUUUUUUUUUAUUAUACAUAACGUAACAUAUUUUUGUACGAGCUUUGCUAAUUAAAAGACAAUGUAUAUUUGUUAAUUUAUUAAAGACACCAAAAGAAAAUUCAAUAAUAAAUGUUUGUUUAAAAAAAUAUUA